AUGGGACCAGAGCAGGAGCCAGAGCAGGGCCAGAGGCAGGGGCCAGAGCAGGGGCCAGAGCAGGGACCGAGCAGGAGCCAGAGCAGGGGCCUGUGCAGGGCCCGAGCGGGGGAUGAGUGGUCGGAAAGACCCCCGUUCAUCCCAGAGGGAGCGCUGCAGAGGAAGAAGGCCAUGGAAGUGGACCAACCCAAACGCAAAACGGAGCGGGACCUCGAGGUGGAGAUGGGAGACGACUACAUUCUGGAUCUGCAGAAGUACUGGGACCUGAUGAACGCGGAGGAGAAGCAGGACAGGAUUCCGGAGGUGUGGGAGGGCCACAACAUCGCUGACUACAUUGACCCGGACAUCAUGAAGAAACUGGAGGACCUGGAGAAGGAGGAGGAGCUCCGGGAACGUGCGGGGGAGUACGACUCUGACUCCGACAGCGAAGACGAAGAUAUGCAGCAAAUCCGGGUUCUGGCCAAACAGAUCCGAGACAAGAGGCAGCUGCUGGUGCUGGAGUCCAAGGAGAAGGACAAGCAUGGGCCCCGCAUGCCCCGCACGGCUACCAAGGUGGAGAGGAAGCAGCUGGAAAAGGAGAUGGGCUCUCUGGGUCUGGACAUGGACGACAAAGAUGACAGCCACUACGCUCAGCAGGGACGCCGCUCACGCAGUCUGGUGAGGAAACGUAAGCGCGAAGUCUCCAUGCCCCCUACGUCCAAGACCCGCAGUCAGAGUGCCUCCAGACCAACACGGGACAAGUCCGGCCUCAGAGACCCCAAGAUGAUGAAGAAGGCAAAGACCAUGAUGAAGAACUCACAGCGUGGCAUGAACCGACAGGGCAAGAAGGGCGAAGCCGAUCGUCACGUCUUCGACCUGAAGCCCAAGCACCUGUUGGCAGGCAAGAGGAAGAAUCGGUUGGAGCAGAUGCGUCAGCAUCUGUCCCGUCUGCCCUCCAUCGACCCCAAUACCAGGACCUUGCUGCUGUGUGGGUACCCCAAUGUAGGCAAGUCCAGCUUCAUCAACAAGGUGACCAGGGCAGACGUGGAUGUGCAGCCGUAUGCCUUCACCACAAAGUCUCUGUUUGUCGGCCACAUGGACUACAGAUAUCUGCGUUGGCAGGUGGUCGACACCCCUGGGAUCCUGGACCACCCUCUGGAGGAGAGGAACACCAUAGAGAUGCAGGCCAUAACGGCGCUGGCCCACCUGCGCGCCGCUGUGCUGUACGUGAUGGAUGUCUCGGAGCAGUGCGGACACACACUCCCACAGCAGCUGGAGCUCUUCCACAACAUCCGCCCGCUGUUCGCCAACAAGCCUCUCAUUAUCGUGGCCAACAAAUGUGACGUGAAGAAGAUCAGCGAGCUGUCUGAGGAAAACCAGAAGCUGUUCUCCGAGCUCUCGUCUGAGGGCAUCCUGGUGAUUGAGAGCAGCACACUGACAGAGGAGGGAGUAAUGCAGGUCAAGACGGAGGCUUGUGAUCGGCUGCUGUCUCACCGUGUGGAAUCGAAGAUGAAGGGCAAGAAGGUCCAUGACGUACUGAACCGGCUGCACCUCGCUGUGCCCAACAAGAGAGAUGACAAGGAAAGACCCCCGUUCAUCCCAGAGGGAGCGCUGCAGAGGAAGAAGGCCAUGGAAGUGGACCAACCCAAACGCAAAACGGAGCGGGACCUCGAGGUGGAGAUGGGAGACGACUACAUUCUGGAUCUGCAGAAGUACUGGGACCUGAUGAACGCGGAGGAGAAGCAGGACAGGAUUCCGGAGGUGUGGGAGGGCCACAACAUCGCUGACUACAUUGACCCGGACAUCAUGAAGUUCAGUUCCGACUAG